AAUAAAGUAACUAUGUGUUUUUGCGGGUGUGUAUGUGUAGGUAUGUGUCUGCCUGCUGGAACCCUGCUAAAGCUCAAUCAUUCUUUGAGCCAUAAAUAAGCCAGAAUAAUUACCUAUGGUGUAUUCCAUGAAUUCUCAAGACUAGGUAAUUAUGAGUUCAAUCGAUCAAUAAAACCUACUUUAUCAUAACAAGACAAGUUGGCUGAAAAUUUUGUGAGACCGUAAUUUACAUGGUUAGGUACCUAUGUCAGAAUUUAGAAAUGAAAGGAUUUGACAGUUAUUUGACAGAACAUCAAUAUCUUGCUUGCAUCUCAUCAAUUCAAAAUUAUUAUUUAAAGACCAUUAAAGACAAAGUAAAAAAAUGGGGUUUGAUUAUUAUGGAAUAUUAGGUGUCAAACGUUCUUGCGACCAGAUUGAAAUAAAAAAGGCAUACCGUCGACUCGCACUCAAGUACAACCCUGAAAGAUUCAACGAUGAUGAGGCUAUGAAAAGAAUUUUCGCCCUGAUCGCUGAAGCCUACGAAGUUCUAGUCGACAACAAGAACCGAGCAGUAUACGACCAGUAUGGCGAAGAAGGACUAAAACGUGGGGUUCCGGGACCUCAAGAAUAUAUUCAGCCCUAUACAUAUCACGGUGAUCCAUUGAGAACUUAUCACGAGUUUUUUGGAACCAAAAACCCAUACGCCGAUCUAUUGGAUUACUACGAGAACCCACUACCGAUGUUCGAAUCCCCUCUAGGAAAAGGCUACAAAGAAAAGGAUCCAACGAUUAUUCGACCUCUUGCCUUAACGCUCGAAGAAGUUUACAAAGGAUGUUUGAAGAAGAUGAAAAUUCAGCGUUUAGUUUUUACCGACGAGACUUGUUCGGAGCUAAAGCUACGAGAGAAAGUGCUGUCUAUACCUAUCAAACCUGGGAUUUAUCAGAACACCGAAAUCAAGUUUAAAGAAGAAGGUGACCAAGGCCCUACCAGAAUACCGGCCGAUGUUAUAUUUAUAACUGAGGACAGACCACACGAAAACUUUGUGAGGUCAGGAUUUAGCGAUCUCGUAAUGAUUCGAACUGUUACCUUGCAAGAGGCUUUAUGUGGUAUAACAGUAGCAUUCACAACUAUAGAUGGUAGAACUAUGCGAAUUAAAAUAACUGAUGUAAUCACGCCGACUUAUGAACAUGUGGUUGAAGAUGAAGGCCUCCCGGUACCAGCGUGUCCGAAAAGGGCAAAAGGGAACCUCAUUAUAAGGUUCAAUAUAACCUUUCCAAUAUAUUUAUCGAAACGAACCAAAAAAGCUUUUGAAUCAGCCUUUAGGGUAAAAGAUGAAGAAGAUGAAAGGUUUGAAAAGUUACCUUGCGGAACUUUGUCGACGUCUUCUAUUUAUAACUGAAUGAAAAAUCACCCCAUAAUUUGUGAUUCUUUUUAGCGCCAUAUUAAAUAUAUUAUUUCAGAUAAA